UCGGAGAGUGACCUAGUGCAGAUUGUGUAUAGUUUUGUAGCUUAUGAGCGACAGGGAUACCACUAGCGAGGACGACAGGAUCUUGCGAUCGGCUAGACGCCCGAUAGCCCACUUGGCCUUAGGACCAGAGGGUGACAGGUUACUGUUCCGCCGGCUUAGGGAGAGGCAGCAGCAGCAGCGGAGAGCUAGGGCAGCAGAGGCCAGCAGGGCGUUCGCAAGCGAAGCGUCUGCUUCAGCAGCCAUGGCAACUGCUGCGCAGCGGAGUUCCCAGAAGCGUUGGAUUGAAGUCAUUGAGCAAUAUGACUUCGAACCCCUGUACAUCAAGGGGGAGGUUGCUGAUGCGUUGUCACGUAGGCCAGAUUUUCUCGGUGCGCUGGUCAUUGAAUUUGGGCUUGCGGACGAUGUUACUCAGUCCUUGAUGGAAGCCUGUCGCGAGGACCCAUUCACGUCAGAGAUCAUACGCAGACUCGAGGCGAAGGAUAAACCUACGUUUGAAGAGUUUAAGUUGAUCAAUGGCCUCCUGUUCCUUGAGAAGGCCGGGAAUAAACGUCUUUGUGUGCCUAAUCGGGAGUCACCACGCAUGGAUGGAGAGGUCGACAUCGACGACAUCGUUGACCUCUCGUCGCUCAAUGCUGCCCCCAACCAUGCUCGUCUUGUGGCAUCCUCGGGGCGCGAUGGUGCCGUCUUCCUCCUCCGCCUCGGCACAUUUCCAUGUCCCAUACCAUGCUCUCGUCGCUCAAUGCUUCCCCCAUCCAUGGUUGGAGAGGUCGACAUCGACAACAUCGUUGACCACAAGGAAACAGGCAGGGGACGUCCUCCGAAACCAAAGCUACAGUACCGGGUUCAGUUCAAACAUCAUACUGAUCCAAAGGAGGAUCGAUGGUUUGCCAAGGAGGAACUGAUGCAGACCGCCCCUCAGGCUGUGACCCAAUAUGAAAAGUCUCUACAGAAGGGAAAGCGCCAGAUUAUUGAAGACUAAACUUCUCAGAGGACUAGCGAAGUAUGGAGGAGGGAAUGCGAGGCACAAGGCCUCGAUACGCCCUACUGGGCCCUAUUUUCAG